AUGGAUUCUAUGCUGUCUUUAUCAGUGGAAGAACCUAUUAAGAAGAACUCUGUUAAGAAACUUAAAAUAAUUUGUAUUGUUCUUCUCGUUUUGUUGGUGAUUCUGUCACUUGGAUUAGGGCUGGGCCUUGGACUCAGGCAACUGGAACAGCAAGGCAGCUGCAGGAAAAAAUGCUUUGAUUCUUCAUUUAGGGGAUUGGAGGGCUGCCGGUGUGAUGUGCGAUGUCAAGACCGAGGCGACUGCUGCUGGGAUUUUCAAGACACCUGUGUGGAAUCAACUCGAAUAUGGACAUGCAAUAAGUUUCGUUGUGGGGAGACCAGACUAGAAUCCAGCCUUUGCUCCUGUUCAGAUGACUGUUUGCAGAGGAAAGACUGCUGUACUAACUAUAAGAGUGUUUGCCAAGGAGAAAGCCCGUGGGUGAAUGAAGAGUGUGGCACAGCCCAGCAGCCUCAGUGUCCAGAGGGAUUUGACCUGCCGCCAGUUAUUUUGUUUUCCAUGGAUGGAUUUAGAGCUGAGUAUUUACAGACGUGGAGUCCUCUAAUACCUAAUAUUAAUAAACUGAAAACAUGUGGAAUUCAUUCAAAAUACCUGAGACCUGUCUAUCCAACCAAAACCUUCCCAAAUCAUUACACCAUUGUCACGGGCUUAUAUCCAGAAUCACAUGGCAUCAUUGACAAUAAUAUGUAUGAUGUAAAUCUCAAGAAGAGUUUUUCAAUUUUUUCAGACGGGACAUAUGAUCCAGCUUGGUGGCAUGGACAACCAGUCUGGCUGACAGCAAUGUAUCAAGGUUUAAAAGCUGGUACCUACUUUUGGCCAGGAUCAGACGUGGCUAUAAAUGGCUCCUUUCCUUCCUUAUAUAGGAUUUACAACAGAAGUGUGCCAUAUGAAGAGAGGAUCUCUACAUUGCUAAACUGGCUGGACCUGCCCAAAGCAAAAAGACCUGAUUUUUAUACCCUGUAUGUGGGACAGCCUGAUUCUGCAGGACACGAAAAAGGACCAGUCAGUGCUGCAGUAAUUCAAGCGUUACAGUUAGUAGAUAACGCUUUUGGAAUGUUGAUGGAAGGCCUGAAACAGCGGAAUUUAGACAGUUGUGUCAACAUAAUCCUUGUGACUGACCAUGGAAUGGAUCAGACUUACUGUGACAAGGUGGAAUAUAUGACUGAUUAUCUACCCCAAAUAAACUUCUACAUGUAUGAAGGGCCUGCCCCUCGCAUCAGGGCUUAUAAUGUACCUCAAGACUUUUAUAGCUUUAAUUCUGAAGAAAUUGUUAGAAACCUCACUUGCCGAAAACCUGAUCAGCAUUUCAAACCCUAUUUGAGUCCUGAUUUACCAAAACGACUACACUUUGCCAAAAAUAUCAGAAUCGACAAAGUUCAUCUUUUGGUGGAUCAACCGUGGCUGGCUGUGAGGAGUAGAGAUUAUUCAUCCUGUGGAGGAGGCACCCAUGGUUACGACAAUAAGUUUAAGAGCAUGGAGGCUAUCUUUUUGGCGUAUGGACCCAGUUUUAAAGAGAAGACUGAAAUUGAACCAUUUGAAAAUAUUGAAGUCUAUAAUCUAAUAUGUGAUCUUCUACACAUUCACCCAGCACCAAACAACGGUACCCAUGGCAGUUUAAACCAUCUCCUGAAGGUGCCUUUUUAUGAGCCAUCCCAUGCCAAGGAAGUGUCCGAGUUUUCUGUUUGUGACUUUACUGUUCCGUUGCCCACAGAUGAUCUAGGUUGCUCAUGCCCUGAGCUACAAAGGGAUGCUUCUCUAGAACGUGUGAAUCAAAUGCUGAAUCUCACCCAGGAUGAAGUGACAGCAACAGAGAAACUAAAUUUGCCCUUUGGGAGGCCCAGGGUUAUGCAGAAGAACCAGGAACACUGUCUCCUUUACCAUAGAGAAUAUGUCAGUGGAUUUGGAAAAGCUAUCAGGAUGCCCCUGUGGAGCUCAUAUACAGUCCCCAAACCAGGAGACACAUCUCCUCUUCCUCCCACUGUCCCAGACUGUCUGCGGGCUGAUGUCAGGGUUGCUCCUUCUGAGAGCCAAAAAUGUUCCUUCUAUUCAGCAGACAAGAAUAUCUCCCACGGCUUCCUCUAUCCUCCUGCAAACAGUGGAACUUCUCAGAGUCAGUAUGAUGCUUUAAUUGCAAGUAAUUUGGUUCCUAUGUAUGAAGCAUUCAAAAAAAUAUGGGAUUACUUCCACAGUGUUUUUCUUGUAAAACAUGCCAUGGAAAGAAAUGGAGUGAAUGUGGUUAGUGGACCAGUAUUUGAUCAUAAUUAUGAUGGUCAUUUUGAUGCUCCAAAUGAAAUUACAGAAUAUGUAGUGAACACCAGUGUUCCCAUCCCAACGCACUACUUUGUGGUGCUGACUAGCUGUCAAAAUCAGAGCCACACCCCUGACGCCUGCCCGGGGUGGUUGGAUGUCCUACCCUUUAUCAUCCCUCACCACCCCACCAACGUGGAGAGCUGCCCUGAAGAUAAACUGGAAGCCGAAUGGAUUGAAGAAAGAUUGAAAGAACACGUUGCCCGGGUCCGCGAUGUGGAACUUCUUACUGGACUUGACUUUUAUCAGGAAAAAGUACAGCCUGUCUCUGAAAUUUUGCAACUAAAGACAUAUUUACCCACAUUUGAAACCAUUAUUUAAUUUCAUCUGUAAAAGAGUUUUGGCAAAAUGUAAAUGAUUUUUUCUGUUGAAGAAUCAUAAAAUAAAGUUUUCUAUUUUUCCUUAA